AUGGAGACGAGUGUGUGGUAUGUAGUGGAGAAGCUGAGCCAUAUCUCCACCGUUCAGGUGCUGGUAUGGACCACGCCCGCCGAGGCUGUCCGGUCGUUGCGGAUGCGGGUGGAGGACUCGCGCGCGGUCCGUGGUGCUAGAGCCGACGAUGUGGUUGGCGAGGAGGACGGCGUCGGGAACGAGCUGGUGGUGAUCGACCUUGACUGCCUCGUCUCGCCGCAUCUCGCCUCGGCCAAGCUCAACGAGGACGAGGACACGGUGGUGAUCCGGGUGCCGCUGGACGACCCGGCGCCGCCGACACGGACGGCUGAGGAUGCGGCAAACGGUGUGGAGACGGAGAUGAUGCUGCUGACAGCGGCUCCGCGGGUGGAGGAGGCCGGGAUCUUGGCGUGCCGCGCGUGUGGCGCCGAGCUGACACCAGAGCUCCCUGACGGCGAGCAGCUGUUCCACAAGGUUGCGCCGCUGCCGUCGCAGUUCUGGCACGAGAUGAUUGACUAUUGGAUCUGCCACGACGACGACGGCCUCGCCUUCCCGCAUCUGCCCAAGGGCGAGCUUGCCGGCGAGGCUGGCCUGCUCCUCGACGCGCCGCACUAUGUGGUUGUCCACGCAUCGACGCUGAUGCCGGGCGUGGUGACGCAGGUUGCGGCGAAUCGGGGCGGGGCUCCGCUGGGCGUGAUGUGUACGGCAUGCGGCGGGCAGCUGGGCACGCAGUCGAGCGACGGCUCGUACUCGCUGCGGAAGCACGCCAUCUGCCUCUUCCGCGACGAGGAGCACAUGCAUCCUCACGCCGAGUCCUGCUACUACGCCGCCCACUCUGUGGCGCUGGCAGCUGCGGCAGACAUGCGCGACGCGUCACUUGCUCACGGCGUCUUCCGCUUUAUCGCCGACGACGGCGACGGACGGUUCCUGCUCUUGUGGCUCUUUGCCGCCGAUGCGGCGCUGGCCACCAAUGUGGAGCUGCCGGUGCCGGACGUGGCGGCUGUCGCCCUCGACGUCGUCCCUGUCCCCAUCCUCAAGAUCAUGUACCUCAGCUCGAGCGCAGAAGCCGCGGAUCGGAUCCGCGACGAGUGGGAGACCUCGCACGCCACCGAGUUUCUGCCCAUGCUCAACCCAGCCGCCGAUGUCGCCGCGCUGACUGCGGCGCUAGAGGCCUCAUCGCGCGCCUUUCCGCCGUCCUAUCGGCGGCACGAGGACUUUGCCCUCGGGUUUCUUCUCAAUCUGUUUGACGUGGCGCAGGAGCUGGACCAGUGA